UUUUGACAUUUAUGACUGCGUAUAACCCCUUAAGUGUAAUUUGUUGGAUCCAAAGGAAUCAUGCCGACUUGUUGCGUGAGAAAUUGCAAAAGUCGUUCCGGUGAAGCUACGAAAACGAAAGACAUCAAGUUCUUUCCAUUCCCGCAAAAUCGCGAGUUAAAAGAAAAAUGGCUCGAAACUUAUUGCUACCGAGAAGAAGAAAAUUUAAACAUAAACAGCGCAAGUAUAUGUGAGCGACAUUUCUCUUCGGACUGCACGGAAAAUAAAUGGACAAAGCCAUUGCACGUACAAAUACUCAAAAUUAAUUAAUCACCAAAUAAUCACUUAUUAAAUUUCGAUAAGGGUACUAUUAAAUGCAUACUAAUAUUAGCAAAUUGUACUAUUAUGUACUAUUUUACAUUGCAG